AUGUUUUAUCUUAUUCACAUGUGAGUUAUAGAUAGUGCAGUAAAACUUUCAGAAUCAAAUUUAAGCAGAGGCGCAGAAAUUAUUUUAAUAAUCAGAGUCGAAUGAAAACAUACGUUUUCACUUACGAAGUAGAAUAGAAACUUCUGGUGAAGUAGAGGUGGUAACUAGAAGGGAGUUGAGGAAUAUUGGCUUAGGUAUUCAAGGUGAGACUGCCCAGGAGCUAUCAUCAUUUGAACUGGUUCUUCUAGCUUUCAAACAUCGAGAUCUGAUAGAGUUCCAAUAGGUCAUCUCAGAUUUCCAACUGUCUCAAUCCUUCAGACUCAUGAGUAUGGUGGUGUCAUCGCUACCUCAGGUGCGUUUUGAGCAUUUCGUCAUAUUUGCCAUAGCUCUGUUAUCUCUCUUCCUGUGUAUCUCAUACCUCAACUUCAAUCAGCUUGACCUAACGGCCAGUAGUGCCAGUCUAUUCGAGAAGCAACAUCAGACCACUUCACACGUUCAUAAAACUUCGGAAGUGUCUACUCUCCCAUUCUCCCCCAACACCGUGAACAGUACUUCCAAAAGUAGCAAUUGGCAGGAAAUAGAUCUGAAUGGUGGAAUAACAACUGACGUAAUCUAUGAAGCCGGUUACAUAGACCUAAAUUCUCAAAUAUGUCCCAAUUCAGGCAAAAAUCUGAAGCUACUGAUUGCCGUAACCUCAGCCCCCAGUCACGACAGUGCCCGAGUAGCAGUGAGAGAAACGUGGGGCCAUUUCGCUUUAAGAAAAGACAUAGCCAUAGCUUUCUUAUUAGGCGCCACAUCGGAUCAAACGCUUAAUGGCAAAAUAGAACAGGAACAAGAAAUUUUCGGUGACAUUAUCAGAGGAAAUUUCAUCGACACUUACGACAAUCUCACACUCAAAACUAUAUCAAUGUUGGAAUGGGUGAACAAUUUUUGUUCGGAAGCUCAAUUCGUACUCAAAACAGAUGACGACAUGUUUAUCAAUGUGUCACGUCUUCUUGCCUUCAUCGCAAAACAUAAACCUGAACGAAGAGCAAUUUAUGGUCGAUUGGUCAGUAAAUGGGAGCCUGUUAGGGACAAACAUUCUAGGUAUUAUAUAUCUCCGCAGCAAUAUGAGCCGUCAAUAUUUCCAAAUUUCACUACUGGCCCUGCUUAUUUAUUCCCAGCACAAAUGUCCGAAGAACUUCACAAAGCAUCGUUGAAUUAUACAUAUGUCAAAUUGGAGGACGUGUUUGUGACAGGCAUUGUUGCGAAUGAUUUGAAAAUCGAAAGAGUAAAUGCUCCAGAAUUUCUUAAUACACAGAUAUCAUUUGAACCUUGUGUUAUCCAGAAGAAAAUUAGUAUACACAACGUUAAUAGUGACCAACAGUAUGACUUAUGGAAAAAACUGCAUGAUGUUACCAAUUGUGAAAAAUGAGCGUGGUCGUUUCGAUAUUCGAAACCAGUACGAACUUACGAAUAAUUUUUAUUCAGUCGCUUCAUCCAAUAAUCAAUAUCUCAUGUAUAAGUUUAUUUAUAGACGUGAUAUGACAAAAUUCCCAAUUUAUUUUGGAAACAAAUAUAACACAUCAAAUUUCAA